CGCAUCGCCGCCUCCGUCCCUGUACCCGUCACGUCCGCCGCGCGAGAGCCACUCGAAGCCGCCGCGGUCAUCCGCCCACGCAAAGCCUCCACCUCCUCCCCUUCCUAGAGCUCGUCGUGGGAGGCUACCUCAAGCUCGCCGUGCUGUGCGUUGCGCGGCAGCGGCUGCUGUCGCUGUCGGUGUCGCUGUGCUACGCUCACCCCGCCGAUUCCUCCGCCACCCGCGCACGCCGAACAAUUUUUGGUGGCCUCGGACCUUAAGCUUUUUCCGCUAGGGUCGGCUCCAAGGUCGACCGUGUAUGCCCUAGCCGAACGGGAACAGACAUGAAAGAGGCGAUGGCUGUGGCUGCGCUAGAUGAGAUAUGGUGGCGGGAGCCAGAGGAGGAAGCGCCGGUGGAGUGGACGUGGAGCUGGGGCGCGGGCACGGACGGGCAGCUGGGGAACGGCGGAUUCGACGACCACCACCUUCCGCAGCCGCUGCUUCUCCCGACUCGAUGCCGCAGCCGUGUCUCUUUCGUCGCUGGUGGCGGCGCCCACGCUAUCGCCCUCACAAGUGAUGGUGAAGUAUUUACUUGGGGCAGAGGUACACAUGGCCAACUUGGCCAUGGGAACUUGGACAACAUGCCUCAUCCGAAGUUGGUUAAGUUCCUUGAAAAUCAUACUGUAACCUGUGUGUCUGCUGGAUGGAACCAUUCUGGAUUCGCUACAGAUUCUGGGCAACUCUUCAUGUGUGGAGAUGGCUCAUUUGGACAACUGGGCACUGGUGAUAACCUCUCAAGGAACUUUCCUUUUGAAGUGGCAUACUUUAAUGCAACACAUAUUGAGAAGCUUGCUUUUGGUAUGCGCCAUUCUCUUGUACUACUGAAAGACAAUUCAGUGUAUGGAUUUGGCUCAGCAAGACGAGGACAAGUUGGUAAAUGUGCUUCUAGGAUCCAAAAAUCAUAUAAUGUUCCUAGACUGAUUGAUGGUUUUCCAAAUUGUAAGAUAGUAAAUAUAUAUGCCAAUGGCGAUCACAGUGCUGCAUUGGACGAAUCUGGUCAUCUGUAUGUCUGGGGAAGAGCAUUAAUUGGACAACAUGAUGAUGAUCAACCUUCGGAAAUUUUGCCCUCCUUGAGUGUUUCUCAAGUGGCACUAGGAUGGCACCAUGCUUUAGUUUUAUCUGCUGGAGAAUUGUACACACUUGGUGUUUACCGCCACCAGAAAUGUGAUCUCCCUGGGUUAGGAAAUGUAUUGGGGCAGCAAUCGGACACAAGGGCAACAAGCAGUUCUCAUGAUUGUUCAUCCUCUUUGUCAGUGUUGGAGACGGUUCCAUUCCUUGAUGGAGAACAGGUGGCGCAAAUAGCAAGUGGAACUGAGCACUCUGCUUUGGUAACAGAUAAAGGAACAGUCUUCACCUGGGGCUGGGGAGAGCAUGGACAGCUUGGUUUGGGUGACACUUCGGAUCAUGUAGCUCCUCAGAGAGUAAACGUAGGUGACAAUGGGCAGGGCAUGUCCGGUUCAUUUGCCGUCUACUGUGGGAGUGGAUUUACCGUUGCUGUGAAAUCGCCCUAGUGGCUGUCUAGUUUGUAAUGCAUGCACCAAAUUCUCCUUCCCACAUAACAGUGAAGAAAUAAACGACAACAUUUUGUUGUG